AAGCAGCCGUAAGUCGUGAUUGGCUGGUCCUUCGUCCCACCUAACGGCAACAUAAAUCUCGCGAGAGUUGCGUUACUCGCAUGAUCGGCCUCUUCCGCUGAGCGGGGUUUUCAAGAUGGCGGAUGAUGGGGAGCAGCAACAGGCCACAAACACAGUAGAAGAGCCUCUGGAUCUGAUAAGGCUAAGCUUGGACGAGCGCAUCUAUGUGAAGAUGAGAAAUGACAGAGAGCUCAGGGGACGGUUGCAUGCCUAUGAUCAGCACUUGAACAUGAUACUGGGGGAUGUAGAGGAAACUGUGACCACCAUAGAGAUCGAUGAAGAAACCUAUGAGGAGAUUUACAAGUCCACGAAGAGGAACAUCCCCAUGCUUUUUGUGAGAGGUGAUGGCGUUGUGCUAGUAGCACCUCCCUUGAGGGUUGGCUGAACCCAGGGUGCAAUGUCCUUCACAAUACAAGGAUACCCACAUGUUCCUGGAAUAUUCUUCUUAGCAAAAGCCUUGCUUGUGUUGGUAUAUUGGUCUUGAACAAAUUUUUCACUUUCUUGGCAGAUGCCAGUUUACUUUUAUUUUUAAUUCGGGUUUUUCUUUUGUAAAUGUUUUGUUUGUGAAUUUUUUUUAUUGAACACCAGUAACCUAAAUCUGAUACAGGUUUUACUGUAUUCAGAAAUAUUUCUUUAAUUUGGGAGUUACCAAUAAAGAACA